UUCUCCGUUAGCAAAACUCUCUCUCUCUCUCUCUAACUCCUUUCCUCGAUCCUUUGAUCAAGCAUAAAAUAAAAUACAAAGGGAAGAAUGGGUGUCAGAGCUCAUGGUCCAACCUUCUCUUCUUGCAUGGUCUUCUUCAUGGCCAUCUUAGCCAUGGCCUCAGCGACAUCUGCUUCCUUGGAGGUUGGCUUCUAUAAAGAAUCGUGUCCAUCGGCAGAGGACAUCGUCCGGAAUACUGUAAGCCAAGCCGUCGCUCAGAAUCCCGGUAUUGCUGCUGGACUUAUCAGGAUGCAUUUCCACGACUGCUUCGUUAGGGGAUGCGAUGCUUCCGUGCUUCUUAACUCAACCCCUGGGAACACGGCGGAGAAAGACGCUCCGCCGAACAACCCAAGCUUGCGAGGUUUCCAAGUGAUCGAUGCGGCGAAAGCUGCGGUAGAAGCCUGCUGCCCUCGCAAGGUCUCGUGCGCCGACAUCCUUGCCUUCGCCGCGCGCGACGGUGCCUACUUAACCGGCGGCAUCGACUACCAAGUGCCGGCUGGGAGGCGCGACGGAAGAAUCUCUCGAGAAUCCGAGGCUCUCGCCAACAUCCCAUCGCCGAACUCGAAUGCCGAACAACUCAAGGAGAACUUUACGAACAAGGGCUUGUCGCUCGACGAAAUGGUUACGCUCUCCGGAGCCCACUCGAUCGGCCGCUCCCACUGCUCGUCCUUCACCAACCGAUUGUACGGGGUUCAAGAUCCCUCCAUGGAUCCAGCCUUCGCAGCGCAAUUGAAGGCCACGUGCCCGCCAUCGACGGCCAGCCCCAGCGACCCGACGACGGUGGUCCUCGACGCCGUCACGCCGGAUCGUCUUGACAACAUGUACUACUGGAAUUUGUUGAAGCACAGGGGAGUGCUGACUUCGGACCAGACACUGGAAGAAAGCUCGGAGACGGCGAAGCUGGUGUGGUACUAUGCGGAGGACCAGUCGACUUGGGCUGCCAAGUUUGCAGCUGCCAUGGUGAAGAUGGGUUCUAUCGAGGUGCUCACUGGAAGCCAGGGGGAGAUCAGGGAGAAGUGUUGGGUUGUGAACGCGUAGGACCUUUGAUGAUGAUAUCUUUAACUACUGCGGGUAUCUCAAUUAUUUUCUUAGUCUCUAAUUAUUUUCCCUUCUAUUUUUUUGAUUGAGUAAUUUCCCUUCUAUUUGAAGGAAACAAAUUAU